AUGUAUAGUGGUAGAAACUCUCUUAAGCUUAACCAAGUUGAUGCUGUUGUGUACCUAGUGGAUGCUAACGACAAGGAGAUAUUUUUGGAGUCGAAAAGAGAGCUUGACGCUCUUCUAUCAGUCGAAGCCUUAGGAAAUGUUCCUUUUCUUAUUCUUGGGAACAAAAUUGAUCUUCCUUAUGCAGCCUCAGAAGAUGAGAUGAAGUAUCACUUGGGUCUCACGAAUUUCACAACCAGUAAAGGCAAUGUGAGUCUCGGAGACUCGGGUGUUCGUCCCCAUGAGGUCUUCCGUAAAAUGGGGUAUGAUGAGGGUUUUAAAUGGAUGUCUUACUACAUUAAGUAA